GCGAUAGUCCCGAGGGAAGCAGACGCUGUGCUCCGAGAGAGAGAGGAUGGAAGAGAGAAAAUGGCAAUGACGGUUUGUAGGGCAGACAUUUGCUAAGAGGUGGGAAGUGAAAGAAAAGACAGGCACAGGCAAGACAAAAAGAGUAAAAGAAAGUGGGGACAAAAAGCAGGAAAACGGGAGGCGAGAAGAAGUAAAGAGAAGAGGCAAAAAGGAAAGUCACAGUUAAACAAGAGGGCAACAGAAGCAACGAUAGUUGACCUGUCACCAUGACAACCGAAGCGGGGUCUGAAACAGAGGUGAAGGAGAAAGCCGAGGAGUCAGCCGCUCAGCCGGACCAAUCAGAGAAGGAUAAGGAAGAAAGCCAGGAAGUACCCAACGCUGAGGGAGAGGAGAAGGAAAAAGAGAAGGAGAAAGAGGGAAAAGGAAUAGCUCGAUUCCUGCCAACAUGGCUUAAGAAGCAGAAGUCUCAGAGCCAGACGUCCCCGACUAAGGAGGUCCCACCCGCAGAGGAAGCGGUUAGCAAGGUGACCCAGGAGGAGGACGGGCCUGUCCCCGAAGUCAACGGUCACGCAGAGGAAGAGGAGGAAGAGAAGGAGGCAGUAAAGUCGGAGCCAGUGAAGGAAAAAGAAGCAGAAUCUCAGUCCACCGCCAGCGCAGACACCGAGCCUGCCAAGGAGGAGAAGGUGGAAGAGAGUGCUGAGAAAGUUCCGGAAGAGACCACGGGGAUAACAGAGGGAGAAGGGGCAGAGGAGCAGAAGAAGGAGCAAGAAGGAGAGGAGGAAAGGGAAGGAGGAGGAGGAGAAGAAGAAGGCCACACCUCAAUAUUCCAGUCUCCUCUUCGUCUGGUGAGGAAGACCAAGAUGAAGCUGAUGGCGUGUCACGUGGCCCUCCUGGACGGGUCCGACUUCACCUGCGAGGUGGAGAAACGCGCCAAGGGCCAUUACCUGUUCUUUAAGGUGUGUGAGCACCUUAACCUGAUGGAGAAGGACUACUUUGGACUCUCAUACACAGACAACCACGAACAGAAGUGUUGGUUGGAUCCCACUAAGGAAAUCAAGAGACAGAUACGCAGUAACAACUGGCAGUUUGUAUUUAACGUCAAGUUCUACCCUCCCGACCCCUCACUGCUCACUGAAGACAUUACAAGGUACCUUUUGUGUCUGCAGCUCCGUGAAGACGUGGCUUCGGGUCGACUGCCUUGCUCUUUUGUCACUCACGCUCUGCUGGGCUCAUACACGUUGCAGGCUGAAGUUGGUGACUAUGAACCCGACCAGCCUCGGCCUCUGGACAACGUCAGUCAGUUGACCUUCGCGCCCAAUCAGAGCAAAGAGAUGGAGGAGAAAAUUCUUGAACUCCACAAGUCUCACAGGGGAAUGACUCCAGCACAGGCCGACACCCAGUUUCUAGAAAAUGCCAAGAAACUGUCCAUGUACGGGGUGGACCUGCACCAUGCUAAGGACUCUGAGGGUGUGGACAUCAUGCUAGGUGUGUGCGCCAAUGGACUCCUGGUUUACAAAGACAGGCUCCGGAUAAAUCGUUUCGCUUGGCCCAAAAUACUCAAGAUUUCAUACAAGAGGAACAACUUCUACAUUAAGAUCAGACCAGGAGAGACGGAGCAGUUUGAGAGCACGGUGGGAUUCAAACUCCAGAAUCAUCGCUCUGCCAAAAAGCUGUGGAAAGUCUGUGUGGAGAAUCACAGUUUCUUCAGGUUAAACGCUCCAGAACCUCCCACCAAGGCCCGCUUCUUGACUCUGGGCUCCAAGUUCCGUUACAGCGGGCGAACCCAGGCCCAGACCCGCUUGGCCAGCUCCCUCAUAGACCGACCUGCACCCAACUUUGAGCGCACCUCAUCCAAACGCAUCAGCCGCAGUCUGGAUGGAGCGCCGGUGAUCAACAUAACUGAAGCUUCAUCUGAGAAUGGACGUGAGCCCCACCUGGAGCUCCACUCUGACUCUAAGGUUAAGGAGGUGGACUUGAGCCCUAGUGAUGCGGAAGCCACGCCCACCCAGUCACUUGGAGCCAGGGAGCUCGCCCUCUCUCAGGACCAUGAUAAGACCCAGGAAGACGUUCUGAAACACCAAGCUAGCAUUAGCCAGCUAAAACGCUCCUUUAUGGAGGCGCCACCUCCCUCUCCUCCUCAGCCCAACCAGUGGGAGAAACGUCUCACCUCCUCUCCCGCUACAACGAUACGUAUUCAACAGCAACAGCAUGUGAGCCUUGAAGAGGAGAUAGCUUCUGUACUUUUCAGUAGAGGCUCUGGCUUUUGUUCAGCUCCUUCUGCCUGCAGUGUUCCUGAACCAACUCUAGAUGCUGAUAUAACCACUUCUACUACUUCCACUGCUGUCUGCAGUACCGCUGCUCUGCACGGGCUUCUUAUUUCCCCAACUGCUCCACUCUCUGCCACUGAGGAGAGUGUGCCCCAAGCGGAAGCAGCUGCUGCUGAUAGCACGAUGUCUGAUACCAAAGAACCUGCAAAGACAACCGAAGUUGAAAUUGAAGAAACAGUUGUCGUCCAAGAGGUUUCCAUAGCACCCAAACCUGGGCCUUUCACGGUUCUGACCAGCUCCUCUGCGGGCCUGCCUGCAGAGCAGGAGAUAAGGGAGCAGGAAGUGACAGCCGAAGAGGAAGUAGUGGUAGCGGAGGAAGCAACAGUGUCAAAGCAAGAGAGCGUUUCAUCUGAGAGCGAGAGUGAAGAGGAAGCGGAGUACCAUCCAAAUGUCUCAGUAUCGAUCUGUCACACACAAAUACCAGAGGAGAAGGAAGAGGAGGAAGAGCAGGAGGAGGAGGAGGAGGCGCAGGAUAACGCAGCGGAGCAGAGCAUGCCGGCUCCAGACGCUCCUUCCCUUCCAGCAGAAGUCAGCCAAACUCUAAAGGCAACCAGUCAAGAGGUAGAGGUGGACGCAGAGGCGCAGAAGAAGAGGAAUGAAGAGGAGGAGGAAGCAGCUGAGAGGGAGAUAGUGGAAAGCCCUGGUGAUCCAAUGAUGACGCCUGAAGAAGCUCCUAAUGGUCACGUCCUGCCUGAGGAGAGCACCACCAGGAUGGUCGCCUCUGUAGAGGAAGAGGAAGAGCCUAAAAUGAACGGAGAAGCCUCACUGGCUGAAGCAGAACCACGGCCACAGGUUAUUUGUUGCUCUGAGCCACCUGUGGUAAAGACAGAAAUGGUGACUAUAUCAGACACGUUUGCAGCCCAGAAAACUGAGAUAGCUACAAAAGAAGUGCCCAUCGUACAUACGGAAACCAAGACCAUCACAUACGAAGCCUCACAGUUGGACGGUAAUGGCGAUGGCGAGCCUGGAGUGUUGAUGACCGCUCAGACAAUCACCUCUGAAUCUCUGUGUACUACUACAACCACACACAUUACCAAGACGUUGAAGGGCGGCCUAUCUGAGACAAGGAUCGAGAAGCGCAUCGUCAUUACUGGUGACUGUGACAUCGACCACGACCAGGCACUAGCCCAGGCCAUUAAGGAGGCCAAAGAGCAACAUCCUGACAUGUCUGUUACCAGAGUGGUGGUUCAUAAAGAAACUGAACUGUCUGAGGAGGAGGAUUGACUGAACUCAGAGUUGAAGGGCCCAUCGGGACGGUUUUCUCUGACGUCGAACAACCUCCAUCACCCUACGACAACCAACCUUUACUGACUGAAGAGGAAGAGAAGAAGAGCUGAAAAACAGAAGGCGAGAGAGGUUAGACAAACGGAGAGAAGUUGCCAAUCUCUUCCCAGUCGGUCUUUCUUACACAUCUGUGUUGCAUCUAAGUCCCUCACUCCAAAACCAAGAAGAAAAAAUAACAUCCUCACUUUUCCCAAGGGAACGAAAAAGAACCACUUUGUUAGCUUAACAUUUGUAGCGUGUUUUUAUUUCUUAAUAGUGUUGUUUUUUUUUAAACUGUUUUACAAAAAAGAGAGUUCGUGUGUCUGUCAUGUAUUGCAAACUUAAAAGCUGCAGGGAUGCACCGAUCCAACCAAUCCUGAUGAGAUACAAGGCUGAAAAAUAUGAUUAAUGUAUCAUUGUAAUGAUUAUGUCACCCGUAACGGUGAUCUUCAAUACCUUAUUCACUCACUUAAAAGUCAAAGCAAAUUGAGCUUUUUUUAAAGAUAAAAUAAAAAAUGCUUGUGAUGUUAAACCGAGAACGCUUUUAUCUUCAUUAAUUCGUCUUAAAAAGUAAUUAAUUUGAAGUAUUGUACUUUUUCUGUUUUGUAGCGGCAGUGGGAAGGGGUAUUGGUGCAUUCCUUUAAAAAAAGAGGUAAUUUGUUAAAUUACAGCUCCCUCCCUCGUUUCAUUAUGGUGUGAAUGGAGAGUAACAGUCUUUCAAAAAUGUUUACAGUGACAAGCAGAACUGCAGUCUGUUUUUUUUUACAAAUUUUCAAAGCGUAACAAAAUCAAACCAUAAAACCCAUUGACAGUGGGAUGAGUGGUAGAACCAGCCGUGUCACAUUUUGUUACUUACAAUUACAGAAAACGGGGAGCUGUAACUUAAAGUAUUGCAGU